AUCUGGUCGGCCUCCAAGCAAAGAGCCUCGCUGACGUUACGCGAAUUCGCUUUCGGAAAAGCCUCAGGAGAGCCAAAGGAUGAUGCUGUCUUGGCUCCCUCUUGCAAAGGCUCGCCAAAGCCUGAGGAUCAUCCGGAUUCCAGCAGAACUACGUCAAGUCCAGCAUGUAUGGCAAAACAAGAAGAACCCAAUGUCCAGCUUGAUCUAGCCGGAUUUCAGACUGAUGAACAGGUGGUUCGGUUGGUGAGACCUGAUGCUCGUGGUCGAGCUUGCAGAAGAUGUCAGGCAGUAGAUCCGAGUGGCAGCUUGGAUGUGGAGACUGACAAAACGGACCGCAAGGAAGUGAAAAGGUCUUAUCAAAUUAAAUCUGAAAUGUUGGCCAAAGAAGUGGAAUCCGUCGAAAGGGAGGCUUAUCGAUACAUCACCAAAAACGGCGUUGUCAUCAUCGUCACCAGCGUACCCCCCACCUACAGCAACCAGAGGGGCGUUACGCUUCUUCUGCCCGAUGGAAGCCGCUUGGAGACUGGAACUAUUAACAUGCAAAGGACUAUGCUCUUAGAACCUCCGCCGACGCAAGUAGCAGCCCCACCUUCGACGCAUUCACCAGUGCUUCCUUCUACAGAAGAGUCCGGUGGAGGCCGGCUUCAGGAGCAUACCAUAACGGAGAAUGACGAGUUGAAGGGCAGAGGAAAGCCCAAACAACAUGAAGGAAGGCCUGUCAAAAGAGGCGAGUGA